UUCGAGGACAUAUGUGGGUCAUCAAAAACCUAGCCGUUGUGGACUCAAACUGCCGAAUGCCACUGCCUCCUAUAUAGAUCCAAAGUCUCCCCCAUUCCGCUGAACAAAUCAUAUACCACAUUUCUGAUUCUGAAGCAUUUCAACUCGAAACCCAGAAGAUGUCUUCCUCGAAAUCCAAUCUCAGGAGCUCUUGUUCUUUCCCUAAUCUCCUCCUAGCAUGCUUGAAUUUCAUCCUCUUCAUUCUCUCUGCCACAUCUCUAGUCCCCACUAUCCUCCUCCGAAUGCCCCCAACUUCGAUGGGCAUGGCAUUCCUCAUGAUUUCGGGAAUCUCACUUCUCUCUUCAUUUGUAAGCUUCUACUCCCACCUCUGCUUCAUAACCCACGUCUCCCUUCUCCUCGCAUCCUUGGUCGGACAAAUCCUUGGCAUACUGGCUCUGUUUACCAAAGAGCGCUCUACCAUUUCGACGCUCAAGUCCCCCAGGGACCCGAGAGAGGCCAAGCUCUUGGUGAGGUUGGAAUGCGGGGUUUUGAUGGCAAUGCUGAUGAUGCAGAUGGUGGUCUUGAUGUUGAGCUGUGCAGUGCAGAGCUGCUGGGUUAGAGAGUAUGAAGGAUUGGAAGCCGAGAGACAGGCCAUGACCAAGAAGAGGAGUCAGCGUAUUGCCAAGGUUCAAGAGGAGUCCAUGGCUAAUGCUGAGAAGAUUGCAGAGAUCAAGGCUAAGGGGCUUGAUGAGAAGAUGAAGAACAAGUAUGGACAGAGGGUGAAGCCUGAAUUUGACGCCUGAGUUGUUGUUUCUGGUGGUCUUUAAGUAUCACGUUAGUUGUGGCCAUUGGGUUAUGUUUGUGAAUUGUGAAGUACAGCUUAUGACUUGUGAGGGUUAAAUUUCAUGUAUUUGAAUGUUCCUGGUGCUCAAUAUUUGUUCAAGGAAAAGGAAAUCUCAUGCGAUGGAGAAUGA